UGCUAAUUAAUUGUUUCUCAAUCGGUUUCAAGGUUUUAUUGUGGAUAAUAUGGACAGAAAAACAAAAAUUAAGUUGAAUGCACUCAAUAUAAAGGACAGGAGUUGCAUUGAUUUCCUGAAAGUUCCUAAAUAUGAACGACUUGGAACCACCCAGAACGAACAAGAUUUGUGCAUUCAAAGAUCCCAAGAACUAUUUGGGAACGUAACAAGUCAAACAAGAACACCAAAAUUCAAUACUCCAGCAUAUCCUCCACCGAAAAGGUGUAUAACACAAGACUACAGAAGGUUAAAAAAAAUCUCUUUGAAGAAGAAAUACCUAUAA